CUGUGCGUGGCUCUGACUCUCGCUCAGUUUACUUGAGCUCGAGGUUGUAGCUGCUCCACUGCGCGAGCCCGAGAGCAGAAAACAGACUUUACAUGGAGUGACAUGGGCACCAAAGAGCGUUAACCACCUCAGACUGCCUUAAACGUACGUUCUAAGGGUUUUUGUUGAGUUUUGUGUCAUUUCCUGGCGAACAGAAUGUCUCAAAGAGUUCGCAAAAACGGAUCUCCGACGUCUAACUGUAGCGGAGUGACCGCGGGAAGCCCGAGCGGAUCCCCGGGGAUCAGCGCCGCUGGAGGGGGUUUACUGGGUCGCCUGCUGCCAAUGAAAGCCACGGUUCCCUUCCAGCUGAAAACGCAGACACAGCACCCUCUACAGGCACGGACAGUCCUCUCCUCCGGUAACGGUAAAUGCCACAGCAGCGGAACCCGCAGCCGGAGCCCCACGCGAUCCCUUUCCUCCAGUGCCUCAAACGUUUCUGCAGCCACGUCCACUUCCUCUGCAACGUGCUCACAGUUCAUCACAGCCACAGCCUCAACUUCUUCAUCAUCCUCAUCCUCCUCAUCCAGAACUAGCCCCAUUAUCGCUGGCCACGCGUCAAACCCCAGAGCCUCCCACGCGCAGGUACCUGUGCCAUCCUCGUCAUCACCCUACACAGGUGUGCACCUGAGCCCCCAGUGCUGCAGCUCGGACACUUCAGCUCUUACUUCUCAUCUGUCAGCCGCUCCGUCUUCACCCUCGUCCCUGUGGUCUUGCGGUCACAGGUCCAAACCCCUCCAGACCCCCGAACAUGACAGACUGUCUCCAGAGAGGCUCAGUCCCAGCUCACCUGUCUGCACAGACAAGCACAGACUUCCUUUGGCAGGGUCUUGGUGUACCACCAGCAAUAACGGUAGUAUUCGCCGCACAUCCUCUUUGGAAACGCUCACGGCCCCUUACCUGUCUGGACACUGGCCCCGGGAUGCCAACCAUGCCCCUUGUGACAAAUCCACCCAGACCCCCAGCGCCUGGGCCGAUGCAUGCGGAGAGAAGAAGAGGGGCUGUCACAAGCGCUCAGCCUCCUGCGGCAGCACUGACCAGCUAAAAGAGAUUGUGAAGCUGAGGCAGCAGCUCCAGCGCAGUAAACACAGCAGCCGUCACCAUCGUGACAAGGAGUGCAAAUCUCCCUUCAAUGGAAACCACGCUGCUUUCAGCCAGUCACAGGCUCCUAUUCCAAAGAGCGUCCUGAUCUCUAUUCCCAUCUCAAAGUCCUCCGUCUCUCGUUUCCGGAACAGUGUGGAGGGGCUGAAUCAGGAGAUCGAGCGCAUCAUUAUCCGAGACACCGGAGACAGAGAGGAGCAGCUUAUUCCUCAGGAGGCUCCAGAUGGGCAUCGGGCUCCUCCCCCUCUCAGCUCCCGCAGCAUUGACACACAGACGCCCCUGGGCACCGCAGCGGGCAGCAACCACAGCAACAGCAGCAGCCGCUCUCAGUCCAUCUCACCCACGUUCCUGAACGUGCCAAGUGAGAACUGCAGUGAUAGUCCAUCUCCCCAUGAGGACGAGACUCUGGCUGACGGCCGGGAGAAAGAUCAGGCCCCCAGCUCACCACUACCCAAAUACGCCUCAUCCCCAAAGCCAAACAACAGCUACAUGUUCAAACGUGAGCCACCUGAGGGAUGUGAGCGAGUCAAGGUCUUCACAGAGGAAACACAGGCCAGGCCUCCACGGGAGAUCCCACAGUUCCUGUGCCCAGAUAGGAACAAGGUCAAUUUCAUCCCCAAGAGCGGCUCCGCCUUCUGCCUGGUCAGCAUUCCCAAACCACUGAUGCCCACACAGGAGCUCAACAACCUGAAGAACCAGAGCGCCGCCCGUCUCACGCCCGAACCCGAGCCGAGAGUCUCGAGAAGAACCUGUAUGCUUUCCCAGCAGCCCUCAGGCUCCUCCCCCUCCUCCUGUCUGUCAGAGAGUUAGACACGCCCCUUAAUGGGUGUCCUAGCAACUGCAUCCACAUAACCUGCACAUUUCAGUAAUCAAAUAUGAUAAAAAAAAAAAAAAUCUCUCAGAGAACAAAGUGGUCAUUAAUAAUCAACGGCUUUCGUUGAGUGAGAGGAAAUGGUUGUCUUUCGCUAUGCACAUUUUUAGCUUUGUGCUUGUUCUCGAAGAACAAAGGAGGCAAUUUUUGGGAGGUUUGUGAUAAACGUAUUUAGCUUUUUUAUUAUUCCUCUACCUUUCAUAGAUACGAGUGAACUUGAGAAUGUGUUUCAGAUCACUAAGAAAAUGAAUCUAAAUGAGCCUUCUCAAUGAUUCAGUACUGAGGAGGUAUAUAGAUUUGAUUUUGUGAGACACAAUGUGUAUUUUAUAAUAGUUUGCAGUGGAUCACGUUUGCGAGAAUCGUUUCUAUUUUACUAGGAUCAGCACAUCAUUGAAUACAAAUGCCAUUUCCGAUGAGACCAAGAGACCUGGUUGAUGAAGGUCUCUGGGACUGAAUUGUUUUCACAGUAGCAGGCCUUCUCCG